AUGUCCCACCAGGUCAUUGCUGAGUGCACAGAGCCCAUUACAGCACUGGCCAUGGGUCCCAGCACAGCCUGUGCCAGGAAGCAGGUGUCCGCCGUCUGGGUGAAGGAAAAGAGAGGCUGGACCCUGAACAGUGCUGGCUACCUUCUUGGUCCACAUGCCAUUGACAACCACAGGUCCUUUCAGGACAAGCAUGGCCUGGCUGGCAAGCGGGAACUCCCACCCGACGACGAAACAAGGCCAGGGAGCUUUGACAGGCCGCUGUCGGAGAACAACGUUGUGCGCACGAUAAUAGACUUUCUAAAUUUCUUGCAUCUCAAAGAGGCCGGGGCCCUGGAGCGCCUGCCCGGUCUUCCCGCAGCGCUGUCCUCAGAAGACACGGAGCAGUCCUGAGGUGGCCCCCCCGGGCACCUUCGUCUGUGCCUUGUCAUCUGAAGUCAAGCUCGAAGUCUCAUGCGAUGUCUGCGGAGUACACCGCCCCGUCCUCUCUGCCCUGGUGCCGUGUUCCUAUAAUUUAAGAUUUUUUCCCUUUGGUAAUGAUUUUGAGUGGCAAAAUAAAAGAAUAGCAACUGCU